AUGUCAAAUGAUGAUCAGACUAAUAUAAAUUCAACUAAUAACCUGGUGUUAAAUGACAUACUUUCCACAUUAAAUAAACAGCAAUUGAUGGCUGUGACAUAUGACCCAGGGAAGGCAUUACAAAUUAUUGCUGGACCAGGUACUGGUAAAACUAAAGUGUUAACUUCAAGAGUUGCAUAUCUUUUAUUGCAUCACAAAAUAUUGCCACAAGAUAUAAUUGUAACAACCUUUACUAAUAAAGCAGCAACAGAAAUGAUAGAGAGAUUAACAAAAAUGCUGGAAAAUACUCAUGUACGAGUUUCUGAUCUAUUAAUAGGUACAUUUCAUGGUGUUUGUAUGAAACUUCUGACAAGAUUUGGACAUAUAUUAAAUCUUAGGAAAGAUUGGAGAAUCGUUGAUGAAAAAGAGGUAGAUGCGAUUCUAAAUAAUAUGGUUGAUAAGAUGCCAGAUCAGAUUAGGGAUUACGCAACUUCCAUGAGUAAGAAGGUUAAUCUAUGUCUCCCGAAGCGUAGUAAUAAUGAAUGGGCUGUCCAUCCAAAAAUGGUUAAAAAGCAAAUUUCAAGAUUAAAAGCAUUUGCAAUUUUACAAGAAGAAUAUCAGGCAGACAAUGAUCAUGAUGUUGCAUUAUCUUAUUUUUACGAAAAAUAUCAAACAGAAUUAAAUAAAAUCAACUCCUUUGAUUUCGAUGAUUUGCUGAUGUAUGCCUUUCGCCUUCUGACAAAGGAAAGAUGUUUACCAAAUAUACGACAUGUCCUAGUAGAUGAAUUUCAAGAUACAAAUGGUAUUCAAACUGAUUUGAUGUUUUUAUUUGCAAGAGGUAACCAUCAUUUAUCUCACGGUAUAACGGUGGUGGGUGAUCCCGACCAAAGUAUUUAUGCAUUUAGACAUGCAUUAUCACAUAAUUUUGAAGAAAUGAUAAGAAAGUCUCCUCUUCAUAUAUCUCAAGUUAUUCUAAUAGAAAAUUAUCGUUCAUCACAAAAGAUUCUGGACACUAGUGAGACGUUAAUUAGCCAACAAUCUUCUGGUAGAAAGGCUAGAUUACCAUUGCAUGCACAAUUUGAUUGUAAUUUUCCUCCAGUGUAUCUUACUUUUCCAACUAAUUUCUUAGAAGCUCCAUCAUUAACACGAGAAAUAUUAUAUUUAAAAUCAUUACCAAAUUUGUUCUCAUAUAAUGAUAUUGCAAUUCUAGUUAGACAAAGGAGGCAAAUUAGAAGGAUUGAGAAUUCUUUGAUUGAAAAUAGAAUACCGUACAAAAUUAUCAGAGGACAUGCAUUUUGGGAAUUAAAAGAAGUUUCGACAAUGUUAAAUUUGUUAAAAUGCGUGAAUUCAAAUGAAGAAAAAAAUGCCAUUCUAUCAUGCCUUACAUACCCAUCAAAGGGUUUAGGACCUGUCUCUAUUGAAAAAAUUUCCAAAAUAUUUGAUGAGCAUGAUGGACCUUCUUUUGAAAUAUUGAAAUCUAUUAAUAAUCGCAUCAUUCCAGUUGAUAUCCCUACCAAGGGUAAACAGGCUAUAUCGGAAUUUAUUGGAAUGAUUGAAUCAUGUAUUAAUUUAUAUGAAAACCCCUUGGAGAAUGCAUUGUCGGAAAUAUUUGAAAGAUUAUAUGAUACCUCUGGAUUAAAACAAGAAUAUUUAUAUUUUGAUGGGAAGAAAAAAUCAAAUGUGGACUUAUCCGGUGAACCAGAUUAUACAAAUCCAAGACACAAGAAUGUUGAACUUUUAAAAUCUCAUUUCUUAGGACUUGAUAAAACAAAUAUUCCAAUAAUACAGACUACAUCACAAGAAACUCCUAAGAAUAUAGUUUCAAAUUAUAUACGGAAUUUUUUCGUUUCAUUAAGUUUAUAUUCUACAGAAGCUGAAGGAGAAGAGGAAAAAUUAAAUGAUGAUAAUAAAAAUCAUGGAUAUGUGACGAUUUCUACUAUACACGGAGCAAAAGGUCUGGAAUGGCCUGUAGUGUUAAUUCCUGGAUGUAACGAAGGAAUUAUCCCAUCAUUGUUUCGGGAUGAAGGUAGAGAUUCUGAAGAUACUCAGAAUGACGACGAAGAUGGUAAUACUUCAGAUUCUACUACUAAUGAUCCGAAUAGUGGGAAACAAAAGCAACAAAGCGGGAAUAGUUCAUUAGAUGAAGAAAGAAGAAUGUUUUUUGUUGCACAGACCCGAGCCAAGUAUUUAUUAUAUAUUACAUCAGUUACAUCAAAUGAUGAACAAUAUCCAAGUGAACCUAGUCGAUUUUUGUCAAAAGAAUUAUUAUCGAAAACCUCAGAUAGACAAUAUGUAUUUGAUGAUCUGAAUACUAUCAAAUCACUUUAUAAAGCAAUGGGUAAAAAGUUUUUGGAAAAUAUUCAAACAUUUUCAUAUAAACAAUUGAUCGAAGAUUAUAAUAAAUGUGUUGACGAUAGAAGAGAAAGAUUUAUUUGGAAUGGGAAAAGCCUAGUAAAUACUUUUAAUGUAGAUCUAACCAAAAACAAAACAAUAACUGGCACAAGUGAGUUCACAACUGCAGCAGCUCAAUUAAAGACAAAUCCAAAUUCUAUUUCAACUUCUAAAUUAUUUGGUAAAAAUCCCCAACCAAAGCCUCGUGGUAGACAAAACAAUCCAAUUCCAAGUUCUAAGUAUCAAUUGAGCCCCACAAAAUCCUCUUCAUAUACUCAAAAAACUAGUAAUGAAUCUAGAUCGAUAGCGAGAAAUCUGAGUCCAACCAAAACAUAUGCUCCCAGUUAUACCGGUCGUAUUAAUGGUGGGCCAGUAUCACCUCAAAGAAAUCUAAGCCCCGUAAAGACAUUUGCACCAAAAUACAAAUCAACACCUAAUUCAAGAUCACCUUCUCCCAAAAAAACGUAUGCACCAUCAUAUGCUCCAAACAAUACUACUAAUAAUGCUAACAAAGAUGACACCUCCAAUACGAGUAAUAAUAUUCUUACAAAUCGCCAAUUAUUUGCACCAACACCAACAACAUUAAACAGAGGCAUUCCAACCUUAUCACGUAAUAACUCAUCUCUAACUAAUUAUAACAACAAUAACAACAACAACAACAACAAUUAUAAUAAUGAUAAUAAAACUAAGAAUAAAAAUAAACUCAAUACAAUUCCUUCAAAUAAGUCUAACAGUAAUCCAAUUAAAAUUGAAAAAGAUAUUGAGAUAGAAUCCCAAUAUAUCAAACAACGAACAUCGUCAAGACGAAAUACGAAAGUAGUUGCAAAACCAAUUAAUUUGCAAGAUUAUGAAGAGAAAAAUGAAAUUAAUAGAUUAAAACAAGAAGACGAUGAAGAAGAUGUUACAGCUGCAGAAAUAUUGCAUGAUCCUAAUGAUUUCCAUGUUGAUAAUCGACCAAUUAUUGCAUCAGCUAAAUUACUUGCUGAUGCAGUUCAACAGAAAAAGAGCAAGAAAGAUGAUAUAUUUCCAGGCAAGAAACCUAUUGUGAAGAAAGAAAUUGGAUCUAGUCAAUUUGAUAUAUUUUCUCAAUUAUCUAGAGCAAGGAAAAAAGCCAAAACUAAUGAUGGAGAGAUAAUUAUUAUUGAUUAA